AUGACUAAUGCCAAUCUGGUUAUGCUUUCUGUUAUUCCUGAUAUAUUUUUCAAUACAACUUUACUUCAUUGUAUUUGGCAUUUAGAACAAAACUUAAUAAAAAAUCUGAAAGAAAAAUUAGACAACAAAUUUGAUAGCUUUAUGAAAGCUUUUUAUCAAUGCUGUAAUUCUCUUUCAAUUCCAAUAUUUGAACAUUAUUGGGCAGAAUUAAUUCAAAACUACUUUGAUGCAAGUGAUUAUCUUAUAGAAAAUCUGAACUCUUAUAA